AUGAGGAGGUCGGGGUCUGACCCUGACGCCAACACCUGGAACUACCUCCUCGGCUGCCUGCUCAAGAACGGGAGGCUCGCUGAGGCGUGCAGGCUUGUUGAGGCCAUGGAGAGGUUGAAGCGCAGUGAGAUCCCGAACUCACUCACGUACGAGAUCCUGACAUACCAUGCCUGCAAGGCAGGGAAGAUGGAUUCGGCAAUGCAGACUCUUGAUCAGAUGUUCUCGGAAAACCUGACGCCGAGGAUCACCAUACACUCUGCAUUCAUCAAGGGGUACUUCUACGCUGGGAGAAUAGAAGAUGCCUGCAAGUAUGUCAGUGCCAUGAGCACCAGGGACAGGCAUUCUGUGAACCGGAACUACAGCCUGCUCGCUAAGCUGCUUCGGAAGUCAGGGAGGACCACUGAUGCAGGCAGAGUCCUGUAUGAGCUGAUGGAGAAGGGCCUCAGACCUGACCAUUCCGCUUAUGUUAAAGUGACCAAGGAUCUGCACAAGAUAGGCAGGGGUGAUCUGGCUUCUGAACUGAAGAUGAGGUUUCAAAGCUCACGUGCUUAUAUAAGAUAA